GGCGACAAGGCUUUUUGACGCCGUUUCUCGUCGUGCGCGUGUGUAGCUUGGUUGGUAUUGACGAUGGCAGAAGCGGCAGCGGCAGCAGCGGCAAGCAGUUCCGCCAACGAGCCUCAGGAGGGCAAGCAGCGGUUCGAGAUCAAGAAGUGGAACGCCGUCGCACUCUGGGCCUGGGGUGAGCACAGACAGACACCUCAUGCGGUGAUCUGAUGAUGACUCCUUCCCUCCCUCGGUCGGCAUGCGCUUGUCUGUCUGUCUGAUUGUGUGCGUAGACAUCGUUGUGGACAACUGUGCCAUCUGCCGCAAUCACAUCAUGGACCCCUGCAUCGAGUGCCAGGCCAACCAAGGUACGUCGAUGUCCACACACACACCACGACAGACAGCGACAUGAUGCUGACUGUUGUGUGUGUGUGGUGUGGUGUGUGAUGUAUGUCUGUAUGUGUGCAGGUUCUCAGACGAGCGAGGAGUGCACAGUGGCGUGGGGCGUGUGCAACCACGCCUUCCACUUCCACUGCAUCUCCCGGUGGCUCAAGACACGGAACGUCUGCCCACUCUGUAAGGCACAGACUUACACACAAAUGGCAUGGAUGUGUGUGUUGUGAAUGGUCUGUUCAUCGGAUGAAUGGAUGUGUGUGUGUGUGUGUGUGUGUGUUUAGGCAACGGCGAGUGGGAGUUCCAGAAGUAUGGGCGCUAGCUCACAGGCGCGGCGCAUCUUGUCUGUCUGUCUGUCCUGAUUGGCUGGCUGAGAGUGACUGCACAGCAAGAGACGACAACCCAAUGGACUGAAUGCCAAGACGACACAACACAUACAUACAAACAUGGCUGGCUGGCUGGCUGGCUGAUGGCGUGGCUGCAUGAGCUAUACACAUUUCAUGGAUGGAUGGAUGGAGUGCUUGCGUGGUUCCUUUGAACGUUUUUGUGUAACACUAGACCUGGCUGGAGAGAGAGAGAGCGUCCGAUUGCCCUGUGUGUGUGUCCUACUG